AUACUGUUGGUAUAUUCUCUUCUCCCUCUCCACCGAAUAUAAUCUUUGCCUUCUUUCCAUGUCAAACCUAACCACUCCCACACGAACCACCCCAGAGAAAUUUCAGAGAGAAGAACCAAAGAGAAGAAGCAGAGAGAAAAAAGCAGAGCAGAAGAAACAGAGAGCAGAAUUGUUUUCGUUUUCCAAUGGUUUGGAGAUUUGUUAAUGGCGUCAUAGAUUCGUGGGACUAAGGGAGGAAGAAGCUUACCCUGCAUCUUCCGGAUUUCUCACUCUUUCCUCCCGCCAGAGGAAUAGGCGAGAAAUUGACACAUAUAAUCCCGAAGCUUCUUAUGGUUCGCUGGAAAUUCUUAACUGAUGGAGGAAAAUUUGGUUUACUUCGCUUGAGCAAUUAACAAAAUUUCAUCAUGAUGGUCUCACUGCCACACUGGUGGGAACAUGCGUGAAUGAUUGUCAAGAGACCGAUCCUGUUUCUCACUUCGUUUUAUUCGUUUGAACGCUAUACUGUUUCCUAUAUAUACACUUGGAUUCUAGCUCAUUUAGGGCAAAUCUCCUUUGGCAAAGUAAAACUAAAUCAGCAGCAGAAAAAGUGAAGUUUUCCCGUUAAGUGGUUUUGAUAACAAGCCAUUUCUCUGCGGAGACUUCAUCGUCGUGCCUUCAAAUUUCUUCGAGGUUUGAAGCUCCACCCUCAUUCUAGGGCAUAUCUCCUUUGGCAUUUGGAACUCCAGUUACAUCUUGGGUUCCUCUCUUGAUACUUCAGUCCUUUCGUUGGGCAAAUCUCCUUUGGCAUUUCCGAGUCCUCAGUUGGCUCACCUUAUCAUUAGUCGAGCAAAUCUCCUUUGGCAUUAUCCGAGUCCGCACUUGGCUCACCUUAUCAUCAUUAGUGGAGCAAAUCUCCUUUGGCAUUACCCGAGUCGUACUGUUGACUCCUACUAUCUUAGUCUAGCAGAUACUCAUCACCGUUUCGAAGUAGACCUUUGCUGCUAUUGCAUUUCAGUCAUCUUACGUCAGAAAAAAGAUACGCACCUAUCAGAAUAACUGAACCUGUUCAUAAAGACAGCAGCGAAGCUACACCAUUUGGCAUCGAAGUUUGUCUAAGGUCAGAAUAAUUUAUAUCUCUUUUGCCUGUCAGAUAUAAAAUAUAGUUCCAUGGCAGGCAUCUAAACUAUGGAUAUGGCCCUUACUGACUCUGACUGGGAGAGCUCCAGCGACAGUGGUAGCAGUGAACACGAGGAAGUCGAGUUUUCUUAUGGCGGACGGGCUCAGAACAUCUUCUCAAACCUUGAAGAGACCAUUGGAAAAAUCGAUGAGUUCUUGUCCUUCGAGAGGGAGUUUAUGUAUGGUGACAUUGUGCGGUCCACAACUGAACCAUCAGGACAGACUGGCAGGGUUGUCAACGUCAACAUGUCCGUUAAUCUCGAGAGUAUUCAUGGGAAGAUUGUAAAAGAAGUUGAUACCAAGAGGCUUCAAAAGUUGCGUUCGAUCUCACUCUGUGAUUAUGUGAUCAAUGGACCUUGGCUUGGAAGGGUCGACAAAAUAGUUGAGCGUGUCUCCGUCACCCUUGACGAUGGUUCCAACUAUGAGGUUCUUGUAAGUGAUCAAGAUAAACUUGUGGCCAUUCCUCCAAAUCUGCUCGAGGAUUCUCAAUAUUCUUAUUACCCGGGGCAGAGAGUUCAGGUAAAGCUGGCCCAUGCUCCCAGAUCAACGACAUGGUUAUGCGGGAACUGGAGGGAGAACCAAGUUGUGGGAACCGUCUGCUCUGUAGAAGCAGGACUUGUCUACGUAGAUUGGGUUGCCUCCAUCAUAAUGGGGGGUGAUCGGAAUUUAACUACACCUCAAGCGUUGCAGAGUCCUGAGAAUUUAACUUUGUUACCUUCUGUUUCUCAUGCAAGUUGGCAGCUUGGUGACUGGUGCAUACUCCCUGAACUGCAAACCCCAGAUGUGGUUGCAUACAGUUUCAACGAUUGCCAUAAGACAUUCCAAAAAGGGUUUAACAGAAAUAUGCAGAGCUCAAGUUCGGAUGAGCUUUUUGCUAUCACGAAGACAAAGAUGAAGGUUGAUGUUCUGUGGCAAGAUGGUAGCUGCAGUGUGGGAGUUGAUUCUCAACAGCUGCUUCCUGUUGGUGCCGUGAAUGCUCAUGAUUUUUGGCCCGAACAGUUUGUUGUGGAAAAGGAAACCUGCAACAGCACAAGAUGGGGAGUUGUGAAGACUGUCAAUGCAAAGGAACAAACUGUGAAGGUACAAUGGAGAACACAGGUUGAGAAAGAAGCAACAGGUUGUGUUGGUGAGCAGGUGGAGGAAAUUGUCAGUGCAUAUGAACUGCUUGAGCACCCUGAUUUUGGAUUCUGUUUCAGUGAUGUGGUGUUCAGGUUACUUCCAGAAGGAAAAAAUGCAGACACAAUCGUUGCUGCAGGGACGAAACACCUACUGACAGAGAGUGACUACAGUGGCUCAUACUGUUUGUCUAGUAUUGGUGUUGUUUCAGGUUUCAAAAGUGGUGUCGUGGAGGUGAAAUGGGCCAAUGGCUCUACUAGUAAGGUUGCACCAUAUGAAAUUUGGAGGAUAGAAAGGUCUGAAUUUUCCAACUCUAGCAGUAUAAGUACUGAAGGGAGUGUUCAAGAUUUAUAUCAGAAAAUAGGUGGUCAAUCAGAUGAAUCAUCUUCAAACCAUCACGAAACGGGUCUGGUGAAGCUCUACAGUGCAGGUGAAAGUGGCAACAAGAACAAUCCGGAAUGCAAUUCGUUUUUCCUUCCAAAAGCUGCCAUUGGAUUUAUCACAAACCUUGCAUCAAGCCUUUUCGGUUCUCAGAGUUCCACUUCGGUUAUAAAUUCGCAUUCCUGCUGCAAUGAUUCUGAAGAUAAAAGCGACUCUGAGGAUCUUAUUCAAGAAGCAUCAGAGUCAUAUGACAUCUCUGAAUCAAAUUUAGGUGAAGUGGACAUGGCCACGAUGGUCAACUUACCUAUAGAAGGAAAUGGAGUUAACAAGACACUAGAUUCAACUCUUCCAGAGAACAGCAGGAAACUAGUGAGAUUCAGACAGUUUGAUAUGGUUACUGACUGCUCAGACCAUCAUUUCCUUUCUUCGACGAAAGAGUUGGCACAAUCUCAGGUCACAAAGAGUUGGGUGAAAAGAGUUCAGCAAGAAUGGAGCAAUUUGGAGGCAGAUCUUCCCAACACGAUAUACGUGCGUGUGUAUGAGGAAAGGAUGGACCUUCUGCGUGCAGCCCUCGUUGGUGCCCCUGGAACACCAUACCAUGAUGGGCUUUUCUUUUUCGACAUAAUGCUUCCACCUCAAUAUCCUCAUGAGCCACCAAUGGUCCAUUAUCAUUCAGGUGGGAUGCGACUAAAUCCUAACCUGUACGAGUCAGGAAGAGUCUGCCUGAGUCUGUUGAAUACAUGGAAUGGCUCUGGCACUGAAGUAUGGAACCCAGGGAGCUCCUCCAUCCUUCAAGUUCUUCUUUCGUUUCAGGCUCUAGUUCUGAAUGAGAAACCUUACUUCAACGAAGCUGGCUACGAUAAGCAGUUGGGUCGAGCCGAGGGAGAGAAAAACUCUGUGAGUUACAAUGAGAAUGCAUUCCUCAUCACCUGCAAAUCCAUGAUUUCCUUACUCCGCAAGCCUCCAAAGCAUUUUGAGGUGCUUGUGAAGGACCAUUUCACCCACCGGGCCCAGCAUGUUCUGGCUGCGUGCAAGACAUAUAUGGAAGGCGUCCCUGUAGGAUCAUCAGCAAACCUGCAGGAGAGCUCAACCACAAAUUCCACUGGUUUCAAGAUCAUGCUCUCUAAACUCUACCCAAAACUUGUUGAAGCAUUCUCAGAGAUUGGAGUUGAUUGCAGCCAAGGGAUCGCACCGGAUGCAUGAAGGUUGGCAGUGUUCACAUGUCAUAAAAUCUCCCUAACAUCCAAUAGCUCCUGUAUAAUAUUGGUUUGCGAGAAUAAAAAGGCUGUAAAAUAGGGUAAAUCCUUCCCCAUGUAGAAUAUGUUUUUGUACUUCAAAUGUGUGAGAACAAAAAGGGCUGUGAAAUAGGCUCUUCUUGUAUAAUAUCAAAGGCUUGUAGUUUUGCAAGAACCAUGUACCAUAUUUUGUAAUAAAAAUGAAACACUUGUGUUUGUA